UCCCGCCACUCCCGCCCGCGCACCACCCCAUCGCCAUACCCGCCGCGCCUUCAAUCCCGCUACUGCGGGCGCCGUUCCCGCGCCCGCUGCGCGCCGCCACCUGACGUCUUCCGUCAGACAAGCGCCGUCAGAAUCCGACGGAAGACGCCGCUCCGUCAACCGGCGCGGCGAUGGCGCCUGGGGGGUUCGCGGCGAUGGAGAUCGACGGGGAGAGCUCGCGCGCGGCCCCCGCGGGGCGGCGCGAGAUUUGGGCGUGGUACGGCUACGACGCGGCGGUCGCCGCCUUUUAUUCCGCCGCGCUCCCCAUCUUCUUCCCGCUGCUGCUCGUCGCGCUCGGGUCCGAGUUCGCGUGGCAGCAGUCCGGGUCGCAGCAGCCCCCCGCGUGCGGCGGGGAGGUCACGAGCGACUGCCUGCAGUGCGUGCCGGGGAAAGGCACGCAGCUGCUGACGUCAGCGGGCUACACCGAGGCUCCGCUCCCAGACAUCCCUCUGGCAGGCGGCGCGAGCAUCAACCCGGUGUCGUUCGCGACGGCCAUGCUGGGCGUGUCCGUGAUCUUCGAAGUCGUUGCUUUCGUCAGCGUGGGACCGCUGGCAGACUUUGGGAGAGGCAGGAAGGAGCUGCUGCAAGUGGGCACGUACAUGGGGGCAGCAGCCUGCGUGCUGUGCCUGGCCCUCGCCUCGCCGGCGCUCUGGUGGCUCGCAGCGCUGCUGCUCAUCCUCGCCAACGUGGGCUACGGCAUCGCCACCGUCGCAUAUUACAGCUACCUGGCGGUGCUGGUGGACGCGUCGCCCGAGGUGCAGCAGGCAGAGGCGGCGGGGCUGCCCGUGCAGGCCGUGGUGGAGAUGCGCGAGCAGGUGGAGAACCGUCUGUCCCUCACAGCGGUGGCGUGUGCCAGCGUGGCGUCCAUCGUGGUCACGCUGCUCGCCCUCGCCGCCACGCUCCUCUCCUCCUCGCCCGACCUCAAACUCCGCCUUGCGCUCUUCCUCUGCGGCGCCUGGUGGCUGCUCCUCGCGCUGCCCACCUUCGUCUUCCUCAAGGCCCGCCCUGGCCCCGCGCUCCCCCCAGGCUCUCCCUUCCGCCUGCUCUCCGGCUGGCACCACCUUGCUGCUCUGCUCUCAGAAGCCCGCCGCUACCGCAACGCGUUCGCAUUUCUCGUGUGCUACUUCGUGUACGCAGACGGGUACACCACCAUCAUGCAGAUCGGGGUGCUGUUCGGCCAGCGAAACCUCUGCCUCUCCACGCCUGCCACUGUCCUCCUCGCCUGCUGCGUCUUCCUCUUCGCUGUGGCCGGCACGCCGCUUGCCUUCUGGCUGCAGCGCGCCACCAACCUGCACAACAAGGCCAUGGUGUGCCUGCUUAUAGCGGGGAUGCUGCCGCUGCCCCUCUGGGGGCUUAUCGGCUACCUCACCCCGGACGGGGGCUUCGGGCUCAAGUCCACGUGGGAGCUGUACGUGUUUGCAGGGUGGUUCGGGGUGCUGCUGGGGCCGCUGUCGUCGUACUCGCGCACGCUCUUCAUCGACAUGAUCCCAGUGGGCCGCGAGGGCGCCUUCUUCUCGCUCUACUCUGUCAGCGACAAGGGCUCCUCGUGGCUCGGGCCCUUCAUUGUGGCCGUCAUUGUGCAGAUGCCAACUCCGCCAACUCCCUCUCACAUGCCAACUCCCUCUCACAUCCCAACUCCCUCUCACAUGCCAACUCCCUCUCACAUGCCAACUCCCUCUCACGUGCCAACUCCCUCUCACAUGCCAACUCCCUCUCACAUGCCACCUCCCUCUCACAUGCCAACUCCCUCUCACAUGCCAACUCCCUCUCACAUGCCAACUCCCUCUCACGUGCCAACUCCCUCUCACAUGCCAACUCCCUCUCACAUGCCAACUCCCUCUCACGUGCCAACUCCCUCUCACGUGCCAACUCCCUCUCACAUGCCAACUCCCUCUCACAUCCCACCUCCCUCUCAGAUGCCAACUCCCUCUCACAUGCCAACUCCCUCUCACAUGCCAACUCCCUCUCACAUGCCAACUCCCUCACAUGCCAACUCCCUCUCACAUGCCAACUCCCUCUCACAUGCCAACUCCCUCUCACAUGCCAACUCCCUCUCACAUGCCAACUCCCUCUCACAUGCCACCUCCCUCUCACAUGCCAACUCCCUCUCACAUGCCAACUCCCUCUCACAUGCCAACUCCCUCUCACAUGCCAACUCCCUCUAACGUGCCAACUCCCUCUCACGUGCCAAUUCCCUCUCACAUGCCAACUCCCUCUCACAUGCCACCUCCCUCUCACAUGCCAACUCCCUCUCACAUGCCAACUCCCUCUCACAUGCCAACUCCCUCUCACAUGCCAACUCCCUCUCACAUGCCAACUCCCUCUCACAUGCCAACUCCCUCUCACAUGCCAACUCCCUCUCACGUGCCAACUCCCUCUCACGUG